GAAUUGCUGGGGUAAGUCUUGACUGCGCCACAAUAUAAAUCUUCAGCCACACUGAAGCCUGACGUAAUCGACCCUCCUCAUUCAACUGCGAACAACUUUGGCGAGCUCGAUAUCGUCUCCAGUCCAUUGAUUCACGCUGAAAUAGGCAUGAACAGGGAUGGAAGUGAGAGAAAUAUGGCCGGGAUAUCGCAAUCACUAUCUGAUUCACCGAAGCAGUCACGCCAGCGACAGGCUGGCCGUAUCCGCGCCUCGAAAGCCUGUCGUCGAUGUAAUGAAAAACGAGUCAAAUGUGACGCGAGCGAGCGUGGAAUGCCUUGUACCAGGUGUAUUCAGAGAAAUGAGCCUGAUUGCAGGUUAAUUCAGUCGCGUCGGGGCGUCUACACUCGUAAGCCACGCUCUCAGCUUGCUGAAACUGUCCAAACCCCCACAGGGCAUAAACAGGCCACUGGGGAUAACGGCGGACCGACUCCCGCAACAAUAUCAAAUGAACCAGGCGAUCAUAGACCUGCAUCGACUGUACAGGCAGCCACGGCUGAACCGACCAGUCCAGAUUUGCCACCACGAGACAACACGCGCCAGCGGGUUUCUACACGACGAGAGCGCGGUUCAAUCGGUGACUCUCAUGGAAUCGCUCAGCAGCAGGGUAAUAGGAGUGCAGAUUUUCCCCUUCCACAAGCUCAACCACCUUCGGCGGGGCCAGAAGUUGUCUCGGUUCUAGAACGUCCAAGCCACGACCCAACAGGAACUACCUCACCGGUGAGGAACGUAUCGCCCGGUUAUAUGAAUGAUAAUCUCUCCUCCCAUCGAAAUAUGGGCUGGAAUGCUGUUGUCAAUCAUCUUCUGGACGGCCAAAGAGGCGAUCAAGAUGUUCUAGACAAAUGCUCUAUCACCUACCUCGGGGAAUCUUUCCCGCUCUCUACAAUACUACAGGAUCUCCAAGGAGAAAACGCAGGUAGACCACUACUCCACCACCCGGGUCCAUCUUAUCCGGCAAAUGAACAGGCCACAGAUUCAAGUGGCCGUUUCCAUCCUUCAGGCAUGCCCCCUGAGGAGAUUGCCUUUCUAGAAGCCAAAGGGGCCUUUAGCACGCCUGGCAAUGACACAAUACAGGCCCUCGUGGAUGUGUUUCUCGAAAGGAUAUUCCCUAUCUACCCUAUUAUCAACCGCCAAGAGUUCGUUGCGCAACACAGAUCAAAAAAAAUGCCUUGGAUCUUACUCCAUGCUCUAUGCUCAGUUGCUGUGCUUUUCUGUCCUCCUGAAGUUCUUUAUCGGGCAGGAUUCGGCAGCCGGCAACAGGCCCGUCUAUCAUUUUACUCCAAAGCUAAAGCACUUUUCGACAUUGGCUUUGAAACAAACAAAAUUGUGCUCCUUCAAGUCACUAUAUUGAUGAGUUUCUGGGGCGGCGGUCCCAAUGACAACUGGAAUUUUUAUUCCUGGAUCGGCAUGGGCGUUACUAUCGCAGAAACCAUUGGAUGUCACAGGUCCAUGGCUGGGACAAGCAUCAAACCGCAAGAUAGAAGCCUUCUGAAGCGGCUUUGGUGAACCUCGAUCAUAGCGAUGUAGAUGCCCUUUCACCAGAAGACUUUGAAGACGACGCAUUCUCGUCGGCGCACGCAACCAAUCAUAACACGCGUCGCUCUGUACUAUACCACAUCCAUGUUAUCAAACUGACCAUCAUUUUACGACGCAUUAUCACCGCUCGUUUUCAACCGCACGGAGAGCAAUAUGUGCCCCCAGGCUACUUGUGGCAGAUGCUAGUGGACUGGCGCAACCAGCUUCCGCCUGAGUUGAACUGGUCUGGGGGCGUACUCGGGAACCUAAACAUAUUCGCGUCCACUUUAUGCUCAAUGUACAACCACCACGCCAUUUUGACUUACCUUGAUCGCCUUGAGGCAGAACCAACACAGAAUCGUGCAACGGAUGAAUCCCCGGAAAAAAGCAUGGUUGAGGCGGCAAUGAACGAAGCCGCACAACAUAUUGCUUUAGUUGCCUGCUCUGUCGUUACAAGAUCCGCAAUACUGUUUGCUCCUCAUGAGCUAUUCCAUGGAGUAUUCAUGGCCGCCGCUGUCUUCUAUAUGCAGACGAAAAGUGCAAACCGCAUGGUUGCGCAGUUAGGUGUGUCUGGACUUACAAACUGUAAACUUGUAUUUCACGCGAGUCGAGAGACGUGGGAUCCCAGCCCAUGGUUUAUGC